AGUUCCGCCUCGCUGCGCCUUUAUUAAUCCUGCCGCGUUUCCUCCAACUUCUACUCCCAGACAACAGAAGGAUAUUGUGGCAUCAUGUCUGACCAGGGAACCUUCGACACCAACGUGGUCACCAUGACCCGCUUCGUGAUGCAGGAGGGCAGGAAGGCGAAGGGUACGGGAGAGAUGACCACGCUGCUGAACUCACUGUGCACGGCGGUGAAGGCCAUCUCCAGCGCUGUGCGCAAAGCUGGGAUCGCCCAUCUUUAUGGCAUAGCAGGCAACACCAACGUGACGGGUGAUCAGGUGAAGAAGCUGGACAUCUUAUCCAAUGACCUGGUUAUUAACAUGUUGAAAUCAUCUUUUACUUCCUGCGUUUUGGUGUCUGAAGAGAACGAAAAGGUUAUCGUUGUGGAUUCGGAGCAACAGGGAAAAUACAUUGUCUGUUUUGAUCCUCUGGACGGCUCCUCCAACAUCGACUGUCUUGUCUCAAUUGGAACCAUAUUUGCUAUUUAUAAAAAGACCACAGAAGAUGAGCCUUCUGAGAAGGACGCUCUACAGCCAGGCAGGAACCUGGUGGCGGCGGGCUACGCCCUCUACGGAAGCGCCACCAUGAUCGUCCUCUCCACCGGCCAAGGAGUCAACUGCUUCAUGCUGGACCCAGCCAUAGGUGAAUUCAUCCUUGUUGAGCGAGACGUAAAGAUCAAGAAACGAGGCAAAAUUUACAGCCUGAAUGAAGGUUAUGCAAAGUAUUUCGACCCAGCUGUCACAGAAUACCUGCAGAAGAAGAAGUUCCCUGAGGAUGGUAGUGAGCCUUAUGGAGCGCGUUACAUUGGAUCCAUGGUGGCGGACGUCCACAGAACGCUGAUGUACGGAGGAAUCUUUUUAUAUCCUGGAAAUGUGAAAAGCCCCAAGGGAAAGCUCCGGCUGCUGUACGAGUGCAACCCCAUGGCUUUCAUCAUGGAGCAGGCGGGCGGCAUGGCCUCCACAGGCUUUGAGAACAUCUUGGACAUCCAGCCUGAAAGCAUCCAUCAGCGCGCUCCUGUGGCCAUGGGCUCCCCCGAAGACGUCCUGGAGUACAUCGCCCUCUGCAAGAAGCACGCGUCGAAGUGAGGCGGAGACUGACUCGACUCGCUCUCCAAGUUCUCCCACUUCCAGCAGAGACAACUUUUGGUGCUCUCAGGGGCUUAGAAGGAUUUAAAAGGGUUUGGAUGAUGAUGUGUUUUUGAAGGAUUGUUGUGACCAAAAGAACAAGAGAGAUUUUCUCUGUGAAAACAGGUUUUACUCACAGCAAUGAAGUAGAUGAUAUAUGAAUUGUUCAUAAACCAUUUUAAAAAU